GUGGUGCACAGCCCAGGUGGGAGCUGCUGUGGGUAGCAGGUGACUGGGGAGCCUGGUCUGGGGGAUCAAAGAGCCUCACAGUUCAUUUCCCUUUUCACCUCUUCAACGUGAGGAUGGCCACUUCAGAUGGAUCGAUCUCAAAUGUAGACGAAACACCUGAGUCUCAGGAUGGAUCUGAUGUUCUUCAGGACCAGCCUGUGUCUGAAGAAGAUGAAGCCAAAGCAAAGAGCAAUUUAUCUCUUCUUGACAGCACUGAAGACUUUGAGAUCAUAGACAGUGCUGUGGAGGAAGAUGACGAUUUAAGUGACCUUCCCCUUUUGGAGGAUGUAGAGAAGAAGAUGGCCAGCUCUACAGAGAAAGUCUCCAAUGAAGAUCAAAAGACUACAUUGGAUAAAAACUCAGAGGAGUGGCUUGAUGUUCUAGGUAAUGGACUCCUGAAGAAGAAGGUUUUGGUUCCUGGAAAUGGACCUGGAAGUAGACCACAGAAAGGGCAGGAUGUGAUUUUACAUUUGAAGACCACUCUGCAAGGUGGUGAUGUUGUGGAAGAUCAAGAUUCCCUAACUUUUACCCUUGGGGAUGGUGAUGUCAUCCAGGCUCUGGAUUUGUGCGUGCAGCUCAUGGAGUUAGGAGAAACGGCUCUCGUUGAAUCAGAUGCCAAAUACUGCUAUGGGAUGGAAGGCAGGAGUCCAGACAUCCCACCGAACUCCAACUUGAUUCUUGAAGUAACUCUCCUGAAUGCCCAAGAUGGGCCAGACUUGGAACUGCUCACAGGACAGGAAAAAUUGGAAUUGGCCAACAGGAAACGAGAGCGUGGGAAUUUUUAUUAUCAGAAAGCUGAUUACGUCUUUGCUAUAAAUUCAUACGACAUAGCACUGAAGAUUGUAAAUUCCAGCUCCAAAGUUGAGUUCAGCCCAGAGGAGGAGGCUGAGUUACUGGAUGUCAAGAUAAAGUGUCUGAACAACCUGGCUGCUUCUCAGCUGAAGCUGGACCACUAUGAAGCUGCCUUAAAGUCAUGCAAUAUGGUCCUGGAACACCAGCCAGAGAACAUCAAGGCCUUGUUCAGGAAGGGGAAAGUACUGACACACCAAGGGGAAUACAGUGAGGCUAUUGCAAUCCUAAGGAAGGCCUUGAAGUUGGAGCCUGCUAACAAGACAAUCCAUGGUGAGCUUUCGAAGCUAGUUAAAAAGCACACAGACCAGAGAAACGUGGAGACGGCCAUGUACAAGAAGAUGCUGGGAAACAUGAGCUCUCCAACCAAGGCCACACCAAAAACUUCUUGGUCUAUACCUUGGAAGUGGCUUUUUGGAGCGACAGCUGUAGCAAUAGGAGGAGUAGCUCUGUCUGUAAUAAUAGCUGCUCGCAACUAAGCAGCAUGACUUGACCACGAGGACAGAAGCCAUGACCUACACUGAGAAGAAGAUCUAGUAGCAUCAACAUCUGAAAUACUUCACCUUUUAUUCCAAGACACACACACAAACGUUAAAGGUGUAAUCCAGGAAAAGAAGUAUAUGUAAAUGUUGUUGUGUUUUCCCCUCCUAUAAAUAGCUGUGAAAAUUUGUUUUAAGGGAGAAUUCACAAUGUUAAAAUUGGACAGGACCUUUCAAAAUGCUUGUCAGGCAAGAACUGACGUCUGAUUGUUAUUUUAGAACUGCCAGAGUGUUCUGUUCUCAGUUAGGUAUCUGGAUCUAAAAACCAAACGAUCCAUGUAUAUUUUAGCAAAAUGUGAGGCCAAAGACUACAGAAAACUGCUAUUUUUUCCCAUUUCCCCCUAUUCUGAAACUAUGUUAAGGCAUG